UCAGUUUGAUCAUGUUUAUAAAGAUCAUAGCACGAAUCAUCUUUGUUAUUGUAAACAAUGUUUAUUGCAUUCCAACGUCAUGUAUUUGGAUCUUGUUCCUUCAGCCUGUCAAGUUUUAUAAGCCUGAUUGGUAUUGGAAAAUCGAAGGAACUUUCUUCCAUUGGCUGUUAGCAAUGGUUAGCAUGUGGAGCUGGUCAGCUGGUUAUGAUGUGGUUGAAAUUGGUGAUGAUAUUCGAUUGUGUUUGGAUGACCGGACAUUGGUUGUUGCCAACCACCAAUCAACUGCUGAUGUACCAAUGCUAAUGGCUAAUUUUAAUGCAAAAAAAGGCGUGUUGCCCAACAUUAUGUGGAUUAUGGAUAGAAUAUUCAAGUUCACUAAUUUUGGGAUUGUUUCAAUAAUUCAUGAAGAUUUUUUUAUUUUAUCGGGUAAAUCUGCUCGUGAAGAAGCAGUCACUCUUCUGAAGAAACACCUUCGUGAGUCGUAUAUACCAUUAAAAAGAAAGUUAAUGGUUCUUUUUCCAGAAGGUGGUUUUUUAAGGAAACGAAAAGAAGCCAGCAAGCGAUAUGCAAUCAAGAAUAAUUUACCUAUCCUGACAAAUGUUUCAUUGCCACGUUUAGGCGCAAUGCUUGGAAUCAUGGACGUGAUGGUUCCUAGACCAAACUCUGAGGCUGAAAGGAGUAUGUUUUACAUCUCAACAAUUCCAGAAGACGAUGAACUUCGAUGGGUAUUGGAUGUUACAAUUGCGUACCCUGAGGGUAAACCAUUGGAUUUGCCUACUAUAAUCACUGGAUCUAGACCACCUUGUCGCACAUUUAUGUUCUACAGGCUAUUUCCGUCCACUGAGCUACCUCGUGACCAAGAAGAGGUGACGAAGUGGCUGUUCGAUCGGUGGGUUGAGAAAGACCGAGUCCUGGAUAUAUUUUAUAAGACUGGAGAGAUCCCUGUGUCUGAUUACUGCAGCUCACCAUUACCCCAGCAAGUAGUUCGGCAGGAUCCCUUGAGAUUUUUCGUCAUACAUUUGUUCUUCAUCGCCUCAUCCUACUUUCAUUUCAGGCUUAUAACUUAUGCUGUCUCUUUUGUAUGGUAA